GGGUAUUUAUCGUUGAUGGUUUUUAGCAAGCAACGCUGCCACGUAAUUAUGGAUCAAUAAGUUAAAACAAGUUUGUGGUGCCGCAAAAUACAUGUAUUAACGCCAAAUUUUUAAAAAAAUUGUGAUAUUAAGUAUUCUCAUUUGUAUUGUGUGAUAUAAACACUAACUCUCUAUCUGUGAACGUAAAAGUGCAUUCGAUAACAGACUUGCGUGUUUCUGAAACAUUUUGAUGCCUCUCGUUAGCACAAGUUUCGCUGGUUGGUCUCCUGGCGUCCAUAUUUGUGUAUCUCUGGCUGGCCAGACUGAUAUGGAGCACUGUUGAAGAUGCGCGCCCCUACCCCCUCCGAGCCGAAGACUAUAUUUCCUACUUACCAAGUGCCUCAAAAGUCAGCCAUGAGGGGCAGCGCACCCCCAGUACAAGUUGCAGGGCCAUCUUGGGGGGAUCGAGCCGAUUCCCCAAGUAGUACCCAUAGCGUCAUUGAAGGCGCUUUGUCUGUGAUAUCCGGCUCAAGUUGCCGUUCAAUCGGCAACUCUAAUAUUAGAAUGCAAUCUGUGACCGAAAAUUGUCUUCUGAACUCUGUUACCGUACCAAAUAUGCAACGUAUAGACCAUGGCAUGGUCACCCACAAUAAUAGCUUUAAGUUAGUCAGUAAGUUUGGUGCUUUACUCCCCGGACGAGACAUUCCCAAUCAAAAGUCUGAUGACCUCGAACUACACGAUAACCUCAAUGUACUGAAUACCAUUAAAUACGAUUCAAAAUACUGCGAUAACAACGACGAAAAUGACGACUAUGAGGCAUACCACAUGUCAAAUAUGCAAACUCUCACCAGCACAAAUGACUUGAAUAGCUACAGUAAGCUGUAUGCGCCUUUGAGGCUUAGAGGUGGAGGUGAAAGCUCCCUCAGUACUGGAACUUCUGGCUGGGGUACUCCUCCUACUCAGCAAUCUGGCAACAAUAAUGCUAACAAAAGCAACGGCCAGCAGCCACCUACUUCCCAAUCAAAUAAUACUGGUUGGGGUCAACCUGGAACGAAACCAACUAACAAUGCAUUACCACCUAGUAGUCAACCUCCUACAUCUUCCUCAAAUUCUCAGAAUAACAAUGGGCCAACCAACAGUUCUACUAAACAACAAUUAGAACAAUUGAAUAGUAUGAGAGAAGCUAUUUUCAGUCAGGAUGGCUGGGGUGGUCAACAUGUUAAUCAAGAUACAAACUGGGACAUUCCCAGCAGUCCUGAGCCUCCUUUGAAGAUGGACGGUUCUAGCGGUCCUCCACCAUGGAAACCGGCUGUGAAUAAUGGUACUGAAUUAUGGGAAGCGAAUCUUCGAAAUGGCGGACAGCCCCCUCCGCAACCUCAACAAAAAACCCCAUGGGGACAUACGCCCUCUACGAACAUAGGUGGUACUUGGGGUGAAGAUGAUGAUGCUGAUACAUCUAACGUUUGGACGGGUGCACCUUCCAAUCAACCGCAAUGGGGUGGGGCCAGUGGUAACACUAAUAAUGGAGCUAUGUGGGGAGGUCCCAAGAAAGAAAAUGAUUGGGGCGCAGGUCCAAGCAACAGUGGUGCUGGUUGGGGCGAUCCACGAUCUGCUGAUCCUCGACAAACUGGUAUGGAUCCUCGAGAAAUUCGCCCAGAACUAAGAGACAUGCGAACAAGCAAUUCGGAGGCAAUGAGAAUCAUGGAUCCAAGAGAAACUAUGAGGCAGAUGUCUAAUAGCGACAUGAGAGGAGAUCCAAGAGGAAUAACUGGAAGAUUGAAUGGUGCAGGUGCUGAAGCUUUCUGGGGACAAGGUACACCACACGCCGCCUCUCAACCAAUACAUCAUCACAACAAAAUGACAUUACCGCCAGGUAAUGGUACUGGUGGUUGGGAAGAACCUUCACCCCCUACACAAAGGCGUAACAUGCCUAAUUAUGAUGAUGGAACUUCUUUAUGGGGUAAUCCUCAGCAAGGCUCUCACUGGAAAGAUCUGCCCACAGGGGGAGGUAUGAGCCGUGGCGGUAAUGCUGCUGGACCUCCUGGUAUGUCACAGAAUCGUGGUAUGAAGCCUGAUGUUGCGAUGUGGGGCGGACACGGACGCAACGGUUCUUGGGAUGAAACUGGACCUAGUGUUCCUUGGGACGAAACAAGUUCUUGGCAGAAACAAAAAAUGCCAGAUCCUUUAUGGGAUGAAUCUGAAUGGGGUCACAAACAACAGAACAAGCCUCAGCUUACCAAAGAAAUGGUUUGGAACUCUAAACAAUUUAGAAUGUUAGUUGAUAUGGGCCAUAAGAAGGAGGAUGUUGAAAAUGCUUUACGUAUGCGUAGCAUGAAUCUUGAGGAAGCUCUAGACUUGCUUAGUCCCAUGCGCAAUAAUCGUGGCAACGACGGUUGGAAUGCUCGUCACGAUGAUCACUACGAACAUCCACCGUUCGCUUGCCAACGAUUCCCCACUGGGCCAGGUGGUCAAUUAAGUGGUUUUCCUCCAGCAAACAAUGCCCCUAAUCUCUUGAACAGUAUGUCAAAUUCGGGAGCAAAUAAUUCUCUUAUUAAUAAUAUAGCUCCGGCAGUAGUACAAAAAUUAUUGACUCAAGGGGGAGGAUCUCAAGGUUUUGGAGGAUCCUCUACAAACGCAGGUAGAAAUAUCCAGCCACAAUCUCAGCCAUCGACUCAGCAACUCAGGAUGUUGGUGCAGCAAAUACAGAUGGCAGUUCAGGCCGGAUAUCUGAAUCAUCAGAUUCUUAAUCAACCAUUGGCACCACAAACUUUAGUUCUCUUGAAUCAACUGUUGCAACAGAUAAAGACUUUACAGCAGCUCAUAUCUCAGCAAUCUCUCAAUACUGGCCCAACAAUGAAUGGUAAACCAAGCAACACUUUCAUGCAAUUCUCUGUAUUAAUUACAAAAACAAAGCAGUCUAUCGGUAAUUUACAGAAUCAAAUUGCUGCUCAACAAGCCACAUAUGUAAAGCAGCAACAACACCAAAGUGGAAUAUAUGACACAUUCAAAACAAACAGCAUGCACGAUUCAAUCAAUGCAUUACAAAGUAAUUUUUCCGAUUUGGGAAUUAACAAGGAGCCUCAAUUGAAUCCUCAACAAUCUAGACUCACCCAGUGGAUUAAUAAAGACAAAGAUGAUGUAGGAGAAUUCAGUAGAGCGCCUGGUUCAGUUUCUAAACCACUUAAUACCUCGCCCAAUAUGAAUCCUCUUGUUCUAAAUUCAACAGAUGGGCCAUGGUCGACUGGAAGAACAGGAGAUACUGGUUGGCCAGAUGCAGCAGCCAGUGAUACCUCGAAUGAUGUGAAAGACGCACAGUGGUCAACCACCACUCAACCUUCCCUGACUGAUCUUGUACCUGAAUUUGAACCUGGAAAGCCCUGGAAGGGCAAUCAAAUAAAAUCAAUUGAAGAUGACCCCAGUAUUACACCCGGUUCAGUGGUGCGUUCUCCUCUGUCAAUAGCAACAAUCAAAGACAAUGAAUUAUUUAACAUGAAUCCCAGCAAAAGCCCUCCAGUAACUGAUGGUAUUCAGUCAUUAAGCCUCAGUUCAUCUACGUGGAGCUUCAAUCCAACUGGAUCAGUAGCCUCAACAGCUUUUACUAGUCCUCCGAAUAAACUACCGACUUCGAAAGGAGCUUUAAGCGACUUGAACCCCACAACUCCAGUAACUUCUGAGCUUUGGGGAGCACCAAAAUCAUCCAGAGGUCCUCCUCCGGGCUUAUCAGCAAAAGGAACUGGUGGCUUAACAAAUGGUUGGUCAGGCGUUAACACUAUGCCUUGGGCGGCUGGUGGGCAAAGGAGCUCUGGAAAUUGGGGAGGAUCUCAGUGGUUGUUGUUAAGAAACUUGACUGCUCAGAUUGACGGUUCGACACUACGCACAUUAUGUUUACAACAUGGUCCACUACUAAGUUUUCAUCUUUACUUACACCAAGGAUUUGCACUUGCCAAAUACUCAUCUCGUGAAGAAGCUAUCAAAGCUCAGACCACCCUCAACAACUGCGUCUUGGGUAAUACGACAAUAUUAGCCGAAAAUCCCACUGAUUGGGACGCAAAUACUUUACUUCAACAAGUUGCUGCCAGUCAACAGAGCGGUUCUUCUGGAGCCUGGAGAGGUUCAAGCAAGCAACCCUCUGGGGCAGAUACUUGGAGUACCGGUUGGCCAAAUAACCCAACCUCAACUAGUUUGUGGGCAGCUCCCCAACUCGACAACUCCGAUCCUGCACGUGGAACUCCAUCUAGUCUAAAUUCUUUUCUUCCUAACGACCUCUUAGGUGGUGAGUCCAUGUAAAAUUAGGAUGAAACCAAAAUGAUUCCAACAUAGUUAAAAGUGUUGAUAUCUCUCUGUGCUUUCUGCUAAAAGUUUUAUUGCAUGUUUUAAAUGUUUUAUAAUAUUGAAUUUAACGAUUGUCUUAAGAAAUUUUGAUGAUAUUUAUUGUAUUAUUUAACAAUCUUUUUUAUUGUUAUUUGUAAAUGUAUUUCUAUUUUUAAUUUUUAUGGUGAUUUAAGAGUUGUUGUUUUAAAGGUGUUUUUUUGUUUUUUUUUUCAGUUAUUUAUAUAAGGAUUUCAACAAAUGUACACUAUUAUUAUUUAUCAAUUGAAAAAUUUGUAGAAUUCAUACAUUAUUUUCCUUUUAAAAUUUAGCAGUUUCUUUAUUUGGUGUAUAUUUGUGGAUAAAUGUUCCCAAAUAAAAUAAUAAAUUUUGACAUUUACCAAAUUAGACGCAA